AUGUCGGCCACCCACAGCGAAUCUGUCUCUUUUCCAGCCCUCAAAGUUGGCCCAACCACCCUCCGGAAUAGGAUCUUCAUGUCCGCCAUGGCGCGGAACCGUUCCGUCCCAACAAACGUCCCUAACAGUAUCAACGCCGAGUAUUACCGACAACGCGCCGCGGGAGGUGCUGGUUUGAUUAUCACCGAAGCCGUUCUCAUUGCUCAGCAAGGCACCGAAUGGCAGGAUGCCCCUGGCAUCUGGUCACAGGAGCAAGUCAACGGAUGGAAAAAGGUUACUGACGCUAUUCACGAAGAGGGAGGCGCGAUCUUCGCUCAGGUACUUCUUAUUGGACGCGUAAGCCACCCCGAUGCACCUGAGCAAAUCGCCUCAGGACUCCCCGUCUAUGCACCGUCAGCGAUCUCUGCCCGAGGAGGAAAAUUCCGUUUCCUCCUUGGUCAGCCAGGCUACGUCACACCUGCUGCAAUUGACGACCCUCAAAUUCUACUUGCCCGGUGGAAACAAGCUGCCAUUAACGCGAAACAGGCCGGGUUCGAUGGUGUAGAGAUCCAUGGCGCGAACGGCUACUUGAUCCACCAGUUCCUCGAUAGCACCGCGAAUCACCGAACAGACCAAUGGGGCGGGAGCGUGGAGAAUAGAGCUCGGUUCCCUCUUGAAGUUGUCAAAAUCGCAGUGGACGUCUGGGGUGCUGAUAGGGUCGGUAUCAAGUUGAACCCUGCCGGAGGGUAUAAUGAUGUCGGGUAUACGUUGGACACAUUCGGGUACCUCAUCUCAGAGAUUGACAAGCUCGGGAUCGCCUACGUCACGCUCGUGCGAUAUGCAGAGAAUCUUGAUCCAGUUAUUGACGGGGCUCGGCGCGCAACAAAGCAUGAUGUUAUCGGAACGUAUGCGCCCUUGUUGAAGAAUCCGGCUACGAAGGUAUUCGCGAAUGCGUCGUUCACAGGCGAAGAGGCGGCACGAUAUGUUGAGGACGAGAAAGUGGAUGGAGUUUUCUUUGGCAUUCCUUGGGUGGCGAACCCAGAUUUAGGGAAGAGGUUUGAGAAGGGCGUCGCGCUAGAAGGGGAUAUUGAUUUUAUGACACUCUAUGGGCACGGGGGAACGGAGGUGGACGAGAGGAAAGGAUAUGUUGACUAUCCUGUGGCGGCACUUUAG